AUGCCGUCAUCUGUAGUCUUUGGUACGAACGAGAAAUGGCGCAUAAAUCGAAACAUUUUUGUACUCGGUUUUGCCUUCAUGAUCCACUUCACCGCAUUUCAUGGUACUGCUAAUCUACAGAGCUCUGUUAACACUGAUGCAGCAGCGGGGACCUUCACAUUGGCUGCGAUAUACUUUUCGCUGAUCCUGUCAAAUAUAUUUUUGCCUGCCUUGGUUAUACAAUGGCUCGGCUGCAAAUGGACUAUGGCCUUGUCAUUCAUAGCAUACAUGCCGUUUAUCAUUGCUCAAUUCUACCCACAUCUUCACACCUUGGUGCCAGCGGGAAUGAUGGUUGGUUUUGGAGGAGGGCCGUUGUGGUGCGCUAAGUGUACUUAUUUAUCAGUCGUAGCGGAACCAUAUGCAAAGCUGUCGGGAGUAUCAGCAGAGGUGUUGGUGGUCAGGUUCUUCGGACUUUUCUUCAUGUUCUAUCAAAUGGCGCAGAUUUGGGGAAAUCUAAUUUCCUCUGCAAUUUUAUCAUCCAGUCUUGGUGACGUCACAUUAUAUUCCAACGAAACCUACCUAAAUGCUGACGUCAUAGCGUCCUUUAACUACUCGAUACCAGCACCGGACUAUGGUGCUACGUGUGGCGUGAACUUCUGCAGCGGAAGUGAGGAACAUGACAAUUCAAAUUUAGAACCUCCCUCGCCGCUGAAAAUUCAGGUUAUAGCUGGUAUAUACCUGGCUUGUAUGCUCGCUGCUUGUGUCUUGGUAGCUAUAGGAGUUGAUUCAUUGUCCAGGUACAACACCGGUCGUCAGCCAACAGGCCAUGGCAAAUCUGGCCUGCAGCUGCUAGCAGUGACGCUGCGACAAUUACGCCAUAAGUACCAGUUAUUACUGCUUCCUGUUAUUGGCUAUAUCGGUGCUGAACAGGCGUUCAUGGCUGCUGAUUUCACUCAGGCUUUCGUAGGCUGCGCUUACGGCAUCCCAAACAUUGGUUUCAUUUCCCGUCAUGUUAACCGCCUUGCUCCUAAAUUUAUGUCUUUUGACGGCCCUUCUGCUUUGGAGACCAGACCCCGAACAAUGGCUGAUGUUUUAUUUCUUGGCAGCCAUUUGGGGACGGCUGAUGCGGUAUGGCUGGUACAAGUUAAUGCUUUGUCUGGCAUCUUAUUCCCUGGUGAUGAGGAAGCGGCCUAUUCAAACUUCAGGCUGUGGGAGGCGACGGGCAGUGUGCUGUCAUAUGCAUCAGCUCCAUAUCUCUGUGUUCGCACAAGAUUAUACGUACUUCUGGGUUUGCUGUUAUUGGGUUUCUCUGGAUAUACGACCAUCGAAGUGAUGGAGUACAAAGUAAAGAAACGUCACCACCAAGAGAGGAACUUCGAACUAGUCACGAAAACUGAGCAAGAUUAA